UACUGCAGUUCUUUCACAGGAGCGGCUUCCUUCGCCCCCUCAGGAAGUAGAACCCGCUCGCGUCUCACACCGGUCGGCUCGGGGGGGGAAGAAAAACGACUUAAAUCUCAGUUAGCCUUGAAAGUCGGGUCAAGGAGAUGCCCUGGAUCCCGCGGCCUCGUGACGCGACCCGACGCAGCAAGCCACCGGAAGAGGAGCGGAGUGGGCGGGGCGCGUGAGGCGGCCCGACGCGGAAGUCACGCGGCGCGGCGCCUCUGGGUUCCGUCUCUCGGCGUUCGGCUCCUCAGCCUGGCGGGCCGUCUGGCGCGCUCCGCCGAUAUCUGCUCUUUCGGCGCUCGACUCACCCGCGCUGCCGCCUCCGCUGAAGGAGGAGCAAAGCUCAAGAUGGCCGACAAAACGCCAGGCGGAUCUCAGAAGGCCAGUUCAAAGAGCCGAUCAUCAGAUGUUCAUUCAUCUGGAUCUUCAGAUGCGCAUAUGGAUGCAUCUGGACCCUCAGAUAGUGAUAUGCCAAGUCGAACACGACCUAAAAGCCCAAGAAAACACAAUUAUAGGAAUGAAAGUGCCCGUGAAAGCCUUUGUGAUUCUCCUCAUCAGAAUCUCUCAAGACCUCUUCUAGAAAACAAACUUAAGGCGUUCAGUAUUGGAAAAAUGAGCACAGCAAAGCGAACCUUAAGUAAGAAGGAACAAGAGGAACUGAAGAAAAAGGAGGAUGAGAAGGCAGCUGCUGAAAUUUACGAGGAAUUUCUUGCUGCUUUUGAAGGAAGUGAUGGUAAUAAAGUGAAAACAUUUGUUCGAGGAGGGGUUGUUAAUGCAGCUAAAGAUGAACAUGAAACAGAUGAAAAAAGAGGUAAAAUCUACAAGCCAUCUUCAAGGUUUGCAGAUCAAAAAAAUCCUCCAAAUCAGUCGUCCAAUGAAAGGCCACCAUCUCUUCUUGUGAUAGAGACAAAAAAGCCUCCACUGAAGAAAGGAGAGAAAGAAAAGAAAAAAAGCAAUUUGGAGCUUUUCAAAGAAGAACUAAAGCAAAUUCAGGAAGAACGUGAUGAGAGACAUAAGACAAAAGGCAGGUUAAGUCGAUUUGAACCUCCUCAGUCAGAUUCUGAUGGUCAGCGACGUUCUAUGGACGUGCCUUCAAGAAGAAAUAGAUCAUCUGGUGUUCUUGAUGAUUAUGCGCCUGGUUCCCAUGACGUAGGAGACCCAAGCACUACCAACUUAUACCUUGGAAAUAUCAAUCCACAGAUGAAUGAAGAAAUGCUGUGCCAAGAAUUUGGAAGAUUUGGACCAUUAGCUAGUGUAAAAAUUAUGUGGCCUAGAACUGAUGAAGAAAGAGCAAGAGAAAGAAAUUGUGGCUUUGUGGCUUUUAUGAAUAGAAGAGACGCUGAAAGAGCACUAAAGAAUUUAAAUGGAAAAAUGAUUAUGUCUUUUGAAAUGAAGUUAGGUUGGGGUAAAGCUGUACCUAUUCCUCCACAUCCAAUAUACAUUCCUCCUUCGAUGAUGGAACACACGCUGCCCCCUCCUCCAUCCGGACUGCCUUUUAAUGCGCAGCCUAGAGAGCGAUUAAAAAACCCCAAUGCUCCCAUGUUGCCACCACCCAAAAACAAGGAGGAUUUCGAGAAGACUCUGUCGCAAGCCAUAGUCAAAGUGGUUAUCCCAACAGAAAGGAAUUUGCUCGCCCUGAUACACCGAAUGAUAGAAUUUGUUGUACGUGAAGGGCCAAUGUUUGAAGCUAUGAUUAUGAACAGAGAAAUCAACAAUCCUAUGUUCAGGUUCUUAUUUGAAAACCAGACACCAGCCCAUGUUUACUACAGGUGGAAACUUUAUUCUAUUCUGCAGGCAAAUUCUCCAACGAAAUGGCGGACAGAAGAUUUUCGCAUGUUCAAAAAUGGAUCCUUCUGGAGACCACCACCAUUAAAUCCAUACCUUCAUGGGAUGUCAGAAGAACAAGAGACAGAAGCAUUUGUAGAGGAGCCUAGUAAAAAGGGAGCACUUAAGGAAGAACAGCGGGAUAAAUUAGAAGAAAUCUUGCGAGGAUUAACUCCAAGGAAAAAUGAUAUUGGAGAUGCCAUGGUUUUCUGUCUUAAUAAUGCUGAAGCUGCUGAAGAAAUAGUGGAUUGCAUUACUGAGUCGUUGUCCAUCUUAAAGACACCUCUUCCCAAAAAGAUUGCCAGAUUAUAUUUGGUUUCUGAUGUUUUAUACAACUCUUCAGCCAAAGUUGCCAAUGCUUCAUAUUACAGGAAAUUUUUUGAAACAAAGCUAUGUCAGAUAUUUUCAGACCUCAAUGCUACUUAUCGUACAAUUCAAGGCCAUUUACAAUCUGAAAAUUUUAAGCAACGUGUAAUGACCUGCUUCAGAGCAUGGGAAGAUUGGGCAAUCUAUCCAGAACCAUUUUUGAUCAAACUUCAAAAUAUUUUCUUAGGACUUGUAAAUAUCAUUGAAGAAAAGGAAACAGAGGACGUGCCGGAUGAUCUUGAUGGUGCUCCCAUUGAGGAAGAGCUUGAUGGUGCACCUCUGGAAGAUGUGGAUGGAAUUCCCAUUGAUGCUACUCCCAUGGAUGAUCUUGAUGGAGUCCCUAUAAAAAGUCUUGAUGAUGAUCUGGAUGGAGUGCCUUUGGAUGCAACUGAAGAUUCAAAGAAGAACGAACCCAUAUUUAAAGUUGCCCCGUCAAAAUGGGAGGCUGUAGAUGAAUCUGAAUUGGAAGCACAAGCGGUAACAACUUCUAAGUGGGAGUUAUUUGACCAGCACGAAGAAUCAGAAGAAGAAGAAAACCAAAAUCAGGAAGAAGAAAGUGAAGAUGAAGAAGACACUCAGAGUUCCAAAUCAGAAGAACAUCAUUUGUAUUCUAACCCAGUAAGAGAAGAAAUGACUGAGUCCAAGUUCUCUAAGUACUCUGAAAUGAGUGAAGAAAAACGAGCUAAGCUUCGUGAAAUUGAGCUAAAAGUUAUGAAGUUUCAAGAUGAAUUGGAAUCUGGAAAGAGACCUAAAAAACCGGGCCAAAGCUUCCAGGAACAAGUAGAACACUACAGAGACAAACUGCUACAGCGAGAGAAGGAGAAAGAAUUAGAAAGAGAACGAGAAAGAGACAAAAAAGAUAAAGAAAAAUUGGAAUCUCGAUCCAAAGACAAGAAAGAAAAAGAUGAAUGUACUCCAACGAGAAAAGAAAGGAAGAGACGACAUAGUACCUCUCCUAGCCCAUCUCGAAGUAGCAGUGGUAGACGAGUGAAAUCUCCAUCACCAAAAUCAGAGCGGUCGGAACGGUCAGAAAGGUCUCAUAAAGAAAGUUCACGAUCUAGGUCCUCCCACAAAGACUCUCCUAGAGAUGCUAGUAAAAAAGCCAAAAGGUCACCGUCUGGUUCAAGGACACCGAAAAGGUCUAGGCGGUCUCGGUCUAGGUCCCCUAAGAAAUCAGGGAAGAAAUCCAGAUCCCAGUCUCGGUCUCCACACAGGUCUCAUAAAAAGUCAAAGAAAAACAAACACUGACAUAUAUUUUUAAGAUGCUGUCACUUAAUGGAAAUGCAAGUUUGUUUUGUGCCUGAAUGGUCUUUUUUUUUUUUUAAAUAAAAAAAAAAAAACCACACACACACACACACAUACACACAAACAAAAAAAUUCUAACGAAAGAGCAUUCCUGGGUUUUGUUUGUUUGUUUGUUUGUUUGUGAAUGCAUGUGUAAACUCAUGAGUAACUGCAUCUGUAGACCUGUCGUUGUUUUAUAUUGUAUAAAUUACUUUUGUUGUGGCUGUUUCUCAAGAUGAAAUUUUUAUUGUGCUAAUGAAUUUCAUCAGAAAUGUGCACAGUGGAUCUGCUGGCAGUAGUCGUAUUUUGUUUUAGGAUGUUGUGACUUAGACACAUAAUACAGAUGUCUCCCCCUUUUGUAGCUUUGACAGUUUGAAUUAGAUUUCAAAUAAAAUCUGAACAGAAAACUAUAAUGUUGUUUUUUUGCCCAGUUGGUGACACCAAGUCCCUUAAAGACCUACUAAGUGAAUUUGGCAUCAUUGCUGUUUCUAUACCUAGUGCACUUUACAAGCUCCAGUGUUUAUCCAUUUCUGUAAGGCAGUUUUCAUUACCCCAGAGAGCAGAAGGCUUAAGUAGUGGGUCUCAUGUGGUGUUUGUUAUUGUAAUGCCCAGUAAAAUAGUUUUUUCAAAGAGGCAACAUGAUUUCAAAACACUCAACCUGUCUUCUGAGCAAUUACGUAUUUUAGGGUAAACUUAAUUUUUAAUCUAUCAUGAAACAAGUUUAUUUAUAAAAGGUUUUAUAAAAAAGAUUUGCCAUAGAAUUCUUUUGUAUAAUAGUUGCCUUUUUAUAAUUGUCUGUAGGUUAUCUUUAAAACACUGGUAUCAUGAUAUUUGUACAAAUUUGUUUGAAACAACUUUUAUGUUUUGAAAGAUUUGGUUUGAAGUAUAGCUUUAAAUAAAAAUGAAAAGUUAAAUGGGUUUUGGGCAAUUUUAACACCCAGUGAGCGGUUUAUAAAUUCAAGGUGCAAAAAGUUGACUUAAACCAUUUGCAGAGAUGAAUUCUGUUAUAAACAGGAACGAACUUGGUUGUAGUUUGAGGGAGAAAUAGGAAAACUUGUGAAUGUUGAUCAAAGUACCGCAGAGAAUAAAAUUUAAUAAAGGGUUACAUAGACUUGAACUGACACUGUUGUUGUCAAUCUUGCUUUCAGUUUUUCAUUUAGGUACUUCAUGUAGUGGUUUGUGGUUUUUUUCUCUCUAAAAAUAGAUUGUUUGGAUUUAACUUAUUUUUUAAAAUCUGUCACCUGCUUACUUAAUCUUGCCAAUUGCAAAAUAAGGCAUCCUGCACCCGUGAUUUGGGGAGUAGUCAUAUCAGCUGUACAGCAAGGCAUGUCUUUUCCGUAUCCAACACAUCCACAGCAGCUUCAGAAAUGAGCCAGUCAUAUUGCUUGACAUAGUGGUUAUUAGCAUGAAAAUACUGUUCAGUUCAUUGUUUACGCAUUUAUUAGGAAAUGUUAAUUCCUUAAAGUUGCUCAGAAUAAUUAAUGUGAAGGUGCUCAUACGAUCUAUAUAAAUACAGCCAUUAUAAAAGGAACACAUUUCUCUCCCAUGUUCAUUGUCUGGGAGGCAUUUUAUAUCAUCUUUAUUUUCAGAAAAAUAAAGAUGUGUGGAAUUGCUGGUAGUUGUGGUAUUCUUCAUUCCCUGGGUCUUUGGAUAGGCAAAGAAAUAAUUGGUCAGAAAGUGAUUUUCUUUUUUUUUUUUUCUUUUUCUUUUUUUUUUUCAGGCAAGUUAGGGAGGAUAGUUACUUUUCUCUCUUGAGUACAAAACCUCAGUUUGGUUUUGGGUGUUUUUUUGUAGUGUUUUCUACUGCAAUGGAUCUAUAUUGUAACUAUUAUAGCUAAGCUUGGAAUGGAUAGAACUGGGUAGGUGGGAAAUUACUUAGACCUGAUAGAAUAUUUUCUGGAGUUCUUUAAUCUAUAUUUUAGGUUAUGUUGAAGUUUGUUUUCUUGAAUUGUAUAUAGCAUUAACUAGGUCAUCUUCCAUUUUUCUUUAGGAGGAAAUAUCUAGAAUAAGAUGUUAAAAUUUACAAUGAAUAAAGUGGCACACAUCGGUUAUCCCAGCAUUGAGGAUAGAUGGCUAUAAUUUGAGGAGUUGAGACCAGUUUGGGCAAUAGAGUGAGAUCCUUUCUCAAAAACUGAUUCCCUGUAAGUUUAAUGGGAUCAAAAACUGGUGAGUUUCUUACAAGAAGGAAGCUGUUCUGCAUAUUUUUUUAAGUAAUAGCUUAGCUUUCAUAUCUAGAGAAUACGUAGCAUAAUUUCUGUAGUUGACUUAAAGUAUUCAUAAAUGAUCUGAGAGUCACAGGAAAAAUGUUUCCAGCUGUGUAUUGCACAACUGUUGUUCCCUAUUAAUUGUAUGUGUGAGAAGAUCCUCUGCUGUCCAUCCCUACAAAGUUUGUAACUCCGGGAUUCCUUACCAAGGCGAUGCCAUUUGACUUCUCUUUACGUUCAGAUAGAAAAUAAUAUGCUGGUUGACUUCUUACCAAAGAGAGACCUAUGGCUAAAAAGGAUUGUGAUGGCAGUUUUCUUUGGCAUUGUAUCUCUGUAUUGCUGUGAGUCAGCAUGUGGGGUUUCUGACUGUAGUGAGUUGGAGAUUAGGGAGACAGAAGCCCUGAUCCCAAAGGAUCCUUUUAUUUGGUUCACAAUAUUUUUGGCUCUUUUGCUAAAUUUUGCAGAAAUUGCUGUUUGCUGACCUAAUUUUCUUUAUUGCAGACCGUUCCUAUGGGCUUAAUCUGAGAAUUGUAUUCCAAUUAAAGAGUGUUGGAAGUAAUACCUCCUUCUGACCUAUGUAUUUUUCCAUUCUUUAAUGUUCUUGAGUACUUGAAAAAAAUACCUUUUGUUCAUGAUCAAGUUUAGGUUUAUUAGAAAUAUCCUAUACAGUUUUACAUUGAUGGUGGUAUAAGUUCUGAGAAAUUGCAUGACCACGAUAAUAGUUUAUCAUGGUUAAAAAUGAGGCAGAUAAACCUGUUGCCAAAGUGACUUAACCUAUUCUGAUGACCACAACAGUGUGAUUUCUUUAGCAGGGAAAGUUGUUUUUAAAAGUAAACCACCACUUACCUAAAAUAAUGUGUUUUAAGCUUUUCAUGUGUUGUUUCCCUCUUCUGACUUUUAGUUGACAGGCCUAACUACACAAAAUUCAGUGCAGGUAUUUAUGAAGAUGUUAUAAGUUUAAAGGGUCUUGUGAUUAAGAAUUCACUCUAACAAAAUGUUUGGUGUUUUCACACUUCACUUCCAUGUUUUGAAAUGGAUUUUGGGGAGUGUUUAUUAUUUUGGAUUUUUCUUGUUUUUGUUACCAACUUCCUAAGAUUUAGCUAAUCCAUGAAUACAAAUCCCAGGGAAGUGUAAUGAUAGACUGAGAGGUGGGAAUGCGCUGCUGUUCAAAGUGAGCCUUGUUUCAUUGUUCAGAUUUCGAUGCCUGUUUAUUCAGUACCACCUCAUGAAGUUCUCAUGUAAAUGGAUUGUGUGUAUAACUGGUGAUUUGUAUAGUUUUGUAGAUAAAAUGUCUUCAAUCGCUUUCAUAUGUAAUUGUGCUUAGAGUAUCAGUGUUUUAUCCUUCUAACUUCAGCAGACUCUUGUAUGUUGUGUUUCUGUUGAUCUGAAAUAGCAGAAGAAACAGAUUUUUAGAAACGGAAUAACAGUUCAGUCGGCUCAGCUGACGUGCCCUGCGGUGGGACAGACGCCAUGAAAGGCUAGUGGGGCCGCUUUCCAGACGAGACACGUACCAUAUAGUUUUCUACGUAAAGAUUAGUCGCAAACAAAGCUUGUGGAAUUCACUUUUGUUGUUUUCUUUUAAUUACUUAAAUAAAACGUUUUCAUAGUA